AUGGCUGUUAAGAGUCACAUAUGUCUGCUGGGACUCAUCAUUCUCUGCUCACCAUUCACAGGUGUUACUGGAGAGACUCAUGUGUUCAGUAGUUCUGGUGAAAAUGUCGCUCUGCCCUGUAAUAAUGCUCAUACUAACUGCACCUCAACUUAUUGGAUCUACAGCAAACAUAGUUCAUCAGCUGCAGUAGAACUGAUUGCUAACGGAAUAAAGAAGAAAAACAUAGAGAGAACUGAGAGACAGAGUCUGGGGUCUGACUGCUCUCUGAACAUCUAUAAAACAACAGAAGAAGAUCAUGGACAAUACACCUGCAGACAAUAUGUGAAUGGACAACAACAUGGAACUGAUGCACAGAUUUUUCUACAUGUUCUUCAUGUCUUUUCAUCAUCCACACAGACUGAGAUGAGAUCAGGCAGCUCUGUGACCCUCAUCUGUCAGUUGGUUACAUUUGAUAACACUUGUGAUGGUUUGAUCCGUAUUGAGUAUCUUCAGCUGUUCUGGGUGAAUCAGGCUGAUGUUAAUCUACAGACAGACUCCAGAUAUCAGAUUUCAGCAUCAGGACAAUGUAUCAUCACUCUGACUACAACACUCCUGAAUGAAGACAACACAGAAUUGAGAUGUUUGGUUAAAAUGAAGAAUGAGAUUAAGACCUCAGUCAGCUAUACUGUCAAGUUUAAGGCAUCAACUACACCAACAAUCAAGCCAACAUCUAAAAUAACUUCUAGUCCUACUGCAUCAUUACCUGCUGUGAGUUUAGUGGUUUCAGUGAUUAUUAAGAUCACAGCAUUCGCUGCUCCUACUGUAAUUCUUCUUAAUAUCAUCUGUACAGGAAGAGCUGAAAACAGAAGGACCCAGACCACCUAGAAUUCACACCGAUAAAACACUCUCUUGGCAAAUAGCAACAUUACUGUAGGUGUUUUUAUACAUUUACAUUUUUUUCUGAUGGCUUAAGAACAUUUUUUUGAAACUAUUGACUAUUUUUGCAAAAUUCUACACACAAGUAAGAAAAGUGUUCACCAAAUCUGCAAAACAUUGUAGUUCUCUUGCAAAAGCCAAUAAACCUUGCUUAACUCUUGAAACCUUUGUAAUAAUGGUAUUUUCGUAUAAAAACAAUUAACAAAAGCCAUCACAUUAAU